AUGGAGAGCUUCUACUACCGCAUGAGCGCGACUCCGGUGAGCUUUAAAUUCCUAGAUCCACCCUCUCCCUCGUCGCCAAUAAAGCUGACACCUGUGCGUGCACACGCCUUGCUACGCAGAACCAGAUGCUUCGGUUGGGCAAAUCAGAUCCGGCCGACCACGAGGACCUUCUCUGGAGUACCAACAGGGGCGGCUGACCCGCAGGAUUGCGCGGAGAAAGUUGGUCAUGUGAAAGCUGGAGAUGGCGAGCUCGAUGUUGCGAUCGUAGGUGGAGGCAUGGUGGGCUUGGGUGUUACUUGUGCACUGUCCAAUAUGCCAUUGACCAAACAUUUGCGAGUUGCAGUCAUCGAUAGCAAUAUGACAUUGAAGUCAAGGAAUUAUUUGAAAAAAGAUGGUGUACCUGAUUCAAGGGUCAGCAAUGUUACUCCUGCAACCAUUUCCUUCUCCAGAGAUAUUGGUGCAUGGGAGCAUAUUCUACAUCAAAGACAUGCAUUCUUUGGUAAAAUGCAGGUGUGGGAUUACACCGGACUAGGAUACACGAGGUACAGCGCAAGAGAUGUGGGUAAAGAAUAUCUUGGUUAUCCAACAGUUUUUGCAUUGUUUAGAUGUGUGGUUGAGAAUAAGGUGCUUUGCAACUCACUUUUGUUACGUUUACAUGAGCAAAAUGAAGAUCUUGAAAAGAUGAUCUACCCUACCCGAUUGGCGUCUCUUGCUUUCCCAUCAAAGAGCAGGCAUGUAGGAGUAGAAGGCGUGAAGCCACCAUCAUCUGAGGCAGAUUCCAUUGGGCAUACUUCAGAGGAACUACCCCGUAGUAGUUUGGUUAAGCUUGACCUAAGUGAUGGACAUACUUUAUAUUCGAUGUUGGUGGUAGGAGCUGAUGGUUUCAAAUCCAAUGUAAGGAAGGUUGCUGGCAUAAAAAAAACUGGGUGGCGUUAUCCUCAGAGUGUGAUUAUAUGCACAAUAGAACAUAUGACAAGGAAUGAUUGUGCAUGGCAGAGGUUUCUCCCUUCUGGUCCAAUUGCCCUACUUCCAAUAGGUGUCAACUUCAACAAUAUGGUAUGGACAAUGAUCCCCGAGGAGGCAUCGCGCCAUAAGUCAAUGAGCUCUGAAGAUUUUGUGAUGUCACUGAACCGUGCAUUGGAUUUUGGUUAUGGACCGCGUCCCAGCUCUGGUAGUCUUGACCAUUACAUGGAAAAGGUAUUUUCUGGCAUUGGAGAUACUGCAGCGUCUACAAAAGAAUGCUUUGAAGUACCACCAAGAGCAAUCGGGUUGAUCUCUGAUAGAAUGGCAUUUUUGUUGUCACUGAUGCAUUCCCAUGAUUAUGUUUCCAAAGGGCUAGCACUGGUUGGUGAUGCUGCUCAUACAGUUCACCCCUUGGCCGGUCAAGGUGUAAAUUUGGGUUUUGGAGAUGCAGCUGCCUUAGCAAAAGUUAUUUCUGAAGGAAUUUCUGUUGGUGCUGAUAUUGGGGAUCUAUCUUUGCUAAGUCGGUAUGAGAAUGACCGGAAGACUGCCAAUGUUGCAAUGGCGGCAGUUGUAGAUGGUUUCCAGAAGAUGUACUCUGUCGAUUUUGGACCCCUGAAUGUGCUAAGAGCCGCUGCAUUCCAUGGGCCCCAGUAUCUGUUACCGCUGAAAAGGAAUAUAAUCUCUUAUGCAAUGGGCGACAAAAAAUCUCUUAUAUUUCCAUAG